AUGAAAAAAGGAAAAAAAUAUGGCACGUCGUCCCCGCCCGUUAAGCCCGAUGCGAGGGUAACAGGGUCUGGGUUGGGCGGAGCUGCGGAGGGCAACCGGCGCGGCUGCACAAUUUCGCCGGGCGGCGCGGAGAGAUGCGCCGGUGUGCCGGAAUCCUCUUGCCACAAGGAGGAGGAGGAAAGCAUUCCGUGCGAGCCUAGUGAAGAGAAGCUCGUGCGCACGCUCGAGGUGCUGCGUGUCAAUCUGCUGCAGCUACAGGGCGUUGAUCACGCGGCUCAGACCUUUGGUGCGACUGUCCUUUUUCACUUUCGCAUGCCCGGCGGCGCGCUAGAUGAGGACCUGAUGUGCGACCUGCACGAGAAGGACGCCGAGUUUCCAAAGGACACCGGUCGGCCCGGCGCAAAGUGGUUCCUGCAGCAGGUUGACUUUCCCACCGCGCUGGACUACACAAUGCAGCAGCAAAAGGCGGUGCAAAUUGGGAGCGAUCUCGACAUCGUGGUGCGCGUGCGCGGCACCUUCUUUGAGUCGAUGGAGCUGGAGGACUUUCCGGUCGACCUGCAGCGUCUGACGGUCGUCAUCGCCUUCAACUGCGCCAACGAGGGCGUGGUGCCGCUGCGUUUCGGUGGCCUGCAAAACGUGGCGCACAGCGUAAACACCAACACCUUUGCCCUCGCCAACGUGUGGUACCUCCAUCCCAGCCUCGUCCUCGAGCGAGCGGUGCUUGAGCUCAUGCCAGGCAGGACGUAUCCGGCGCUCAACGUGACGGCGAUAGUCGAGCGACGGCCCAAUGCCUUCUUGACCAACGCGGUGCUGCCGGUGGGCGUGCUUGGGCUCAUCUCGCUCUCGACGUUUCUGCUUCCGUACGACGAUACGGCCGACCGGAUGGAGCUCUCGAUCACGAUCCUGCUCACCUCGGCCACGUACAAGCUCUUCACCGCCGCGUCCAUCCCUGAAGUGGCCUACUGGACUCUGCUCGACAGGUACAUCAUCUCCAAUUUCCUCAUCAUGACACACAUCACCAUCAACGGAGCCGUCAUCGGCUACUUCGACUCGCAAGAGGCGCACGUCGUGCUCGCCAUCCUCAACACGUUCUUCUACGUGGUGGCGCACGCGCGUUUCGCGUACGGCUACUCUUGUGCGAGGCGCAACAACGCGAUGGUGGUGCUGAAGGAGCUGGGGUUCGAGAUCAACGAUGAUGUGUUUGAGCGGUACCACCGCCUCACUGCCACUAAGAAGCCGGCCAGCGCGAGAGCCUCGAGAUGGUCCAGGGCGGCGAGGUGGCUGCCGGCAUCGACGCGCCUCUCGCGCGUGACCCCGGCGCGCCUCUCGCGCGCAAGCCGGCAGUGCAGCACCACCGAGGACCGCCUUGCGAGGCCCUCGAGCGGUCCGUUGGCGGCGGUCAGCGGUGAGCCCCCGCGAUCGGCGAGAGUGCACCCUGUGGAGGCAGCGCCGCCACUCCCCGGUUCGGCGCCGGCCGAGGAGACCAGCCGCCGCCCCCCGACGCUGCGGGAGCUGGAGAGCAGGGGGCAGGGCGGGUCAACGUAA